AUCCAUCAGCUACCAGAUUUUUAAAGGUGUGUAUCCGGAAAACGGGAAGAAGCAAUGAGAAUUCGAGAGGUUGGAGAACGGAAGGAUACUGACAAGGUAUAUUGGAUUCCGGGAGGCCUUUUUCUGGGCUUACAGAUCAUAGUGAGAGGUCGAGUUCCAUGGGGGACAAAACAAUUCGCUAUCAAUAUUUCUGAUAAAAAGGAGGAUGGAGAUAUCCUAUUACAUCUGAAUCCUCGGCCAUCAGAGGGCAUUUGCGUACGAAACGCUCUGAUUGGUGGAAAUUGGGGAGAUGAAGAAAAAUGGCAGCCGUACUUUCCAUUUCCUAAUGGGAAAUAUUUCACUCUAAUGAUCGAAGUAACAAACGAUGCCUUUAGAACAAUGGUCAAUGGAAAGCCCUUUGUAAAUUUCACUCACAGAACAGACUUCAGGAAGGGCAAGUUUCUCGUUCUGCGAGAAGGAGCUGUAUACUAUGAUGUCAUAUAUCAGAACAGACCUACCAUGCCACUAACUUCAAAACUUCCUAGCGGAUCAAAAAUAGGAAAGACAAUCAGAAUCCGUGGCAUGUGCUCUGGACAAGACGGAUUUUCGAUAAAUUUGAUGGACGACAGAGAGAACAUUUACUUUCAUUUUAAUCCUCGCCCACGAGAGAAGUCUGUCAUAAGUAAUUCUUGUUUUGGAAGCUGGGGAAAAGAAGAAAAAAGAUACUUAGAAAAGUUUCCUUUCCUUCCAUUUCAGUACUUUGAUGCUUCGUUUGUCCUAAUGGAAGACAAAUUUACAGUAUUUGUAAAUGAUGAACACCUCGUUGAUUUCACACAUCGUGGGAAUCCUGACAACAUUUCUGUUCUUGGUAUCAAGGGUAGUGUUCAUAUUUUGGAGACAGAAUAUCUAGGAUCUAUGUAUACUAUGAUGGAAGUUGAAUCUGGUCUGGAAAAGGGAGACAUCUUCGUACUGAAUGGAAUGGUAACUGAAAACGGAAACGUAUUUGCUGUGAAUUUUCUAAACGGGCAAUCAGUAGACGGUGACAUUGCCCUUCACCUUAACCCUCGAGUACAGACUCGUGAGAUGGUUCUUAACAGCAGGAUUGGGGGUACCUGGCAAGAAGAGGAAAAGGUUACUCUACCUGGUGAAUUCAGUUACGGCAAACCAUUCCAAAUCAAAGUGGAAACUAAGAAAAAGAAAUUCAAGAUUUCUAUAAAUGGCAAAACACUUACCAAGUACAAAGUACGAGGUCCUAUCGAAGACAUCAAAGCAGUCAACGUAUCUGGCAAAGUAUUCGUCUUAGAGACACUUCUGAUGAAGAAACUGACAAAGCCCGCUGUGGAGUGGUUACCAGGAAGAUUACAGACGGGGAGCUGGGUUACUCUCCAGGCAAUUCCUAAAAAGAACUGGCAACAAUUUGUUAUUAAUUUUGUUUGCGAUGGGAAGGAAAGUGGAGAUAUUGCCUUCCAUUUCAAUGUUCGCAAAAGUGACCGUCAAGUCUUUCGAAAUUCAUGUCAAAAUGGCGUGUGGGACCAGGAAGAACGGGAAACUCCCUUUUUUCCUUUUGAUUCAGGGCACGCAUCUGAGAUUGUUUUCUUCGUCAAUAACGAUAAAUUUAUGACCUUUGUCAAUGGUCAAUCCUUUAUUGAAUUCAAACAUCGCCUGCCUUUGGAGAGAAUUACACAUCUGUUCAUGGAUGGAGACUGCAACUUCUACGAACCAGAAAUAUUUGUUUAAGUUAUGAUCAAGAUAUUUAAUGGCUCCAGUGUGUCGUUUUGGUGCUAGGACCAUUAUGACAAGAGAGUUGUUAAACUAUUUUCUCGUACUUAUGGUUUAAAAAAUAUCUUUGGAAAAUGAAACAGUUGACAAUCUACUUGUAUAUCAAAUAUUUGGAAAGGUGAUUCCGAUACUUAUUUUCAAUUUGACAUCAUGUUAAAGUGGUGGUCAAGAGCUUGUUUGAUGCUAAUUUUGGAGAGACUCUGAGUAUUGUAGAUAUAUUCCAUUUGUUAAAACUGACAUAACUCCAAAUUUUAUUACUUAUUUCCUUUUUAUAAUAUAGAAAUUGACAGUUAAAACGUAAAUUUUCAAUUCAUGUACCAGACAGUUAAGCCCCGGUACAGCUUAUCAAACAAAGUUAUUGUUAUAUAUGAAGCAUUAUUAAAAGAAUUGAUAUCCUGGUUUUCAAAAACUUGUAGGCACUUUUAGUUUUCUAUAGAUCUUGAGCUUAAGACGCCAAGAAAAAGCUGCUUUUUAUUCAUAACACGCGAGUCAAUGUAAAGACUUUUGUGUAAUCUGCAAUAGUUUGUUGAACAUGUUUAAUAAAAUGCAAGUCAACGUAUAUGCUUAACAACAUGCAAGUCAAUGUAUAUCUCUGUGGCGUUAGCUGAAUAUGUUUUAUCUUUCUUAUACAUAUGAUUCUUUCUUUUAUACUUUGAAGUUAUGCAAUAAAAGGCUAAACUACG